AUGCCCGAGGAGAACCUGAGUUCCAAGUCAGCCUGGAACUCACUGCCUGUCAACUGGUGCAUCAAUAAGUUGGGGCCUAUCAUAACCGAAAUGGGCACAAAAUAUAUGCCACAAUUUAGCCACACUUGCCACAGCAUUGAAAGCUUACGCCACAUCUCGGGGAUAUCAACAGGGAACGAAGAUGCAGUCAACACGUUUCCGGCGGUGUUGCUGAUCGACGAAGCCGGUGGAAGCCUCAUCCGGUUCUUGCACCCGCGCAGAGAACAGCUUGGCUUCCCACUGCUUCCCCACCGGAGAACCUUCUGA